AGAAGAAGAAAACCUAUAAACUAAAAUGGAUUCCGCUGCAGCUGCUGCCGCCGCCAAGCGCGUACAAAUCGAGAAGGCGCACAACUUUAUGCGCCAAUAUCGCGAUCCAGAGUCGCGCGAACUAAAGAAACUCUCGGCCAAUCAGUUCAUGGAUGUCUGGGCGCAUUACGAUAAGGAUGGCAAUGGUUAUAUUGAGGGCACCGAGCUGGAUGGCUUUUUGCGUGAGUUUGUGUCCAGCGCAAACGCUACGGACAUUAGUCCCGAGGCUGUCACCGACACAAUGCUCGAGGAGCUCAAGUCCUGCUUCAUGGAGGCAUAUGAUGAUAAUCAGGAUGGCAAAAUCGAUAUUAGAGAGCUCGCCCAACUUUUGCCGAUGGAAGAGAAUUUCCUUUUGCUCUUCCGCUUCGAUAACCCCUUGGAAUCAAGCGUUGAAUUCAUGAAGAUCUGGCGUGAAUACGACACUGAUAAUUCUGGUUACAUUGAGGCGGAUGAGCUCAAGAAUUUCUUGCGUGACUUGCUCAAAGAGGCCAAAAAGAUCAAUGAUGUCUCUGAGGAUAAGCUCAUUGAAUACACAGACACCAUGCUCCAAGUGUUUGAUGCCAAUAAGGAUGGUCGUUUGCAGCUCUCGGAAAUGGCCAAACUACUUCCGGUUAAAGAGAAUUUCCUUUGCCGUCAGGUAUUCAAGGGCGCAACCAAGCUGACCAAGGAGGACAUUGAGAAAGUAUUCUCGCUAUACGAUCGUGACAACAGCGGCACCAUUGAGAAUGAGGAGCUAAAGGGCUUUCUCAAGGAUCUGCUCGAGCUGGUCAAGAAGGACGACUAUGAUGCCCAGGAUUUGGCUGCCUUCGAGGAGACAAUCAUGCGCGGCGUUGGCCACGAUAAGCAUGGCAAAAUCUCGCGCAAGGAGCUGACCAUGAUCCUGCUGACUCUGGCCAAAAUAUCGCCCGAGGAUGAGCAGUAAAUGUUUAAAAACACACACACACACACAUCUAUUUUUGUUACCAAUUUGGGUAAACUAAUGCAUAUGGGGCGUUUUUGGCCGCAAGCCAAAAAAAAAAAACCAAAAAAAUUGAUUACUUUAAAAAAAAAACUGCCCGCAACGAGGCGCAGCUCGAGGAAAUAACCUCACAAAUGCUAAGAAAAACCGUUAAGAAUAAUACUACAACAAUUUGGACAAAAGCGCUAAAAUUCUUAACAAAAUUAAAUCUAAAAUAACAACAACAAAAAAGCUUAUUCAAACUAAAUGUUUCAAAUUAAUUAAAUGUUUAUGCAUGUUAAGCUUUCGAAAGUCUAUUUCCAAGAACUACAAAAGAAAAACCAAACGUAAACAACAAAUUUAUUAUAUAUGUGUAUUCGUAAAGAGAAAAAAAACUUGAGAAAAUGCAAAAAAAAAUUAUCUACCAAUAUGAAUACCAGUAAAAAUUACUUUUUGACAAAGCAACUCGAAACCAGCCAUAAAAAUAAAUGAAAAACAAAAAA